UCCUUAGAUCAAAGAAGUAAAAAUGAAGAAUGAGUAAUUCACAGGGAUCUCUUCCCUAGCUUCCCCUUCAGUAAUCUCAAGAAAAAACUGUAAACAAACUGUGUGAACAAGUUAGCAUCUAAAGAAAGAUCACAAGAGGUCCACAAAUCUGCAUGAAGUAGGGGAUGGCAACAAUGACUCUGACCCCCAUCUCAAUGAUUAGCUGAGAUUAUAUCUCUUUUUCUUUUUAAAAACUUUCAUGGCUGAGCAGAACCUUCAGAGUUCGUUUUGGGGGGACAUGAGUCCACCUUUUCCCUAGACUGUCAGCAUUCUGAUCGAAAGCAGCUUUCCUUUCCACCAACAAUUGCCUCUCAGUAUUGAUUUUCAAGUGGUGAGCAGCCAGACCUGAGGUCGGUAACAAGGCUAGGCAUAUUUUAAGAGCUCAGGAGCCACAUGUGGCUGGUGACUACAGUAUUGAACACGGAAGCUCUAGGCCCUAUACUAGGGAAUGCCUUAUCUAGUGACUUUAGGGGAAUAGUAUUAUGGGCUUGUGGUUUAUGUAAAAGAAACCUUUGAAGUUGCUAACUCAAAUGGCUACAGAGUCUAGGUGAGUAACAAGAGAUGACCUGGUGUAAAACAAUAGAUGAUAGUAGGGACUAGGACCCACUGGAGGGUGCAAGCUUCUAUCUAAAAGGGAGCUUUACUGCAACCACUAUGGAAAACAGUAUGGAAAUUCCUCAAAAAUUUAAAAAUAGAUGGGGGGAGGGUAUAGCUCAAGUGGCAGAGUGCAUGCUUAGCAUGCGUGAGGUCCUGGGUUCAAUCCUCAGUACUUCCUCUAAUAAAUAAGCCUAAUUACCUCCCCAACCAAAAAAAUUAAAAAUAGAACUACCAUAUGGUCCAGCAAUUCUAUUCCUGAGUAUUUAUCUGAAGAAAACAAAACACUGGUUAGAAAAGAUGUAUGCACCCCUGUGUUCAUUGCAGCAUUAUUUACAAUAGGCAAGACAUGGAAGCAACCUAAUUGUCUAUCAACUGAUGAAUGGAAAAAGAAGAUGUGGUAUAUACAUACAAUGGAAUACUACCCAGCCAUAAAAAAGAAUUAAAUAUUGCCAUUUGCAGCAACAUGGAUGGACCUAGAGAUUAUCAUACUAAGUGAGCCCACUCUAGAGUUUGCUACAGCUUUCGUGGACAGAUCCUGUACAAGCCCACAGCUUCCUACAUCAAACACCUGAGUGUAUCUCCUUGCCUGAAAGUGACAGCAGAGUUAACAUUUACAGUAGCAAUCUGCAACCAGUGACAGAUGGGAUCUGGUGGCUAAAUACUCCAGUUUCUACCCUGCUCAGUGAAGCAAUUCUGAGACGUGGCAGAAGGAGUGGCUCUGGAGCGUGGGGGAGGAACUUCCGGGGGCGACGCGCCGGCCCCCUCGGAACCGGAAGUGGAGCCUGGAUCGUUGACGCUAGGAACGAAGUCGAACCUGGAUCUGGAGCCGGGUGAGACCAAGUCGGGGAUGCUCUCAUAAUGAACGUUAACCAGUCAGCUCCACCUGUGCCGCCAUUUGGGCAGCCCCAGCCUGUCUACCCAGGGUAUCAUCAAUCCAGUUAUGGUGGGCAACCAGGAUCCACAGCCGCCCCCACUCCUUAUGGAGCCUACAAUGGCCCAGUACCAGGCUAUCAGCAAACCCCUCCCCCGGGUAUGUCAAGAGCCCCACCUUCUUCAGGGGCACCUCCAGCCUCGACAGCACAAGCCCCUGGUGGCCAGGCUGCAUAUGGCCAGUUUGGCCAAGGAGAUGUACAGAAUGGGCCAAGCUCCACUGUUCAGAUGCAGAGGCUCCCUGGGUCUCAGCCAUUUGGGUCAGCCCCAUUGGUCCCUGUGGUCAGCCAGCCAGCUGUGCUUCAGCCCUAUGGCCCUCCCCCGACAAGUGCACAGGUGACUGCUCAGCUGGCUGGAAUGCACAUCAGUGGUGCUGUGGCCCCAGUCCCUCCCACUUCGGGGCUGGGCUAUGGCCCACCAACAUCGCUGGCCUCAGCCUCAGGAAGUUUCCCCAACUCUGGUCUGUAUGGCUCCUAUCCUCAGGGCCAGGCCCAGGGUCAUCCUGGGGCCCAGCCUCCCCAGCGAUCUGUCCUACCACAGGCCUCCAGCUUCACACCCUCAGCUUCCGGGGGUCCUCGGAUGCCUUCCAUGACUGGUCCACUCCUGCCUGGACAGAGUUUUGGGGGGCCCCCAGUGAGCCAGCCCAACCAUAUUUCCUCACCUCCUCCUCAAGCUCUGACCCCUGGCACCCAGAUGUCUGGGCCGCCAGGACCACCACCACCUAUGCACUCCUCCCAGCAGCCAGGCUAUCAGCUGCAGCAAAAUGGUUCCUUUGGACCAGCCCGGGGCCCUCAGCCCAAUUAUGGAAGUCCCUACCCAGGAACAGCCACUUUUGGCAGUCAGCCCGGGCCUCCUCAACCUCUGCCUCCUAAGCGCCUGGACCCUGAUGCCAUCCCGAGCCCUAUUCAGGUUAUCGAGGAUGACAGGAACAACCGGGGUUCAGAGCCAUUUAUUACUGGAGUACGGGGCCAGGUGCCACCCUUAGUCACCACCAACUUCCUGGUGAAAGACCAAGGGAAUGCGAGUCCCCGCUACAUCCGAUGCACAUCCUAUAAUAUCCCUUGCACAUCUGACAUGGCUAAACAGGCUCAGGUGCCUCUGGCAGCUGUCAUCAAGCCGUUGGCAAGGCUGCCCCCAGAGGAGGCUUCACCAUAUGUCGUCGACCACGGGGAAUCUGGCCCUUUGCGCUGCAAUCGCUGCAAAGCAUAUAUGUGCCCCUUCAUGCAGUUCAUUGAGGGCGGGAGGCGCUUCCAGUGCUGCUUUUGCAGCUGUAUCAACGAUGUUCCCCCCCAGUAUUUUCAACAUCUGGAUCAUACCGGCAAACGUGUGGAUGCUUAUGACCGUCCUGAGCUAUCCUUGGGCUCUUAUGAAUUCUUGGCCACUGUAGAUUACUGCAAGAACAAUAAGUUCCCCAGCCCUCCUGCCUUCAUCUUCAUGAUCGACGUCUCCUACAAUGCCAUCAGGAGUGGUCUUGUUAGGCUCCUCUGUGAGGAGCUCAAGUCACUGUUAGACUUUCUGCCUAGGGAGGGCGGGGCCGAAGAGUCAGCAGUCCGAGUUGGCUUUGUCACCUAUAAUAAGGUGCUGCACUUCUACAAUGUGAAGAGCUCAUUGGCCCAGCCACAGAUGAUGGUUGUAUCUGAUGUGGGCGACAUGUUUGUGCCACUGCUGGAUGGCUUCCUGGUCAAUGUCAAUGAGUCUCGGACAGUCAUCACCAGCUUACUGGAUCAGAUUCCAGAAAUGUUUGCAGACACAAGGGAGACGGAGACAGUAUUUGCCCCAGUUAUCCAGGCUGGGAUGGAGGCUCUGAAGGCUGCUGAGUGUGCAGGGAAGCUCUUUCUGUUCCACACCUCCCUGCCCAUUGCAGAGGCCCCAGGGAAGCUGAAGAACAGAGACGACAGGAAGUUGAUCAACACAGACAAGGAGAAGACUCUGUUCCAGCCUCAGACAGGUGCCUAUCAGACUCUGGCCAAAGAGUGUGUGGCCCAAGGCUGCUGCGUAGACCUCUUCCUCUUCCCUAACCAGUAUGUGGAUGUGGCCACACUGUCUGUUGUACCCCAGCUGACUGGUGGCUCUGUCUACAAAUACGCUUGCUUUCAGGUGGAGAAUGACCAGGAACGGUUCCUCAGUGACCUGCGUCGGGAUGUCCAGAAGGUUGUUGGCUUUGAUGCUGUGAUGCGAGUCCGGACAAGCACUGGUAUACGUGCUGUAGAUUUCUUUGGGGCUUUCUACAUGAGCAACACAACAGAUGUGGAGCUGGCUGGGCUGGAUGGGGACAAAACGGUGACUGUGGAGUUCAAGCAUGACGACCGGCUCAAUGAAGAGAGUGGAGCCCUCCUGCAGUGUGCCCUGCUCUACACCAGUUGUGCGGGGCAGCGACGGCUCCGCAUCCACAACCUGGCCCUCAACUGCUGCACUCAGCUAGCUGAUCUGUAUCGAAACUGUGAGACUGACACGCUCAUCAACUACAUGGCCAAGUUUGCGUACCGGGGGGUCCUGAACAGCCCAGUGAAGACUGUUCGUGACACUCUCAUCACCCAGUGUGCCCAGAUCUUGGCCUGUUACAGAAAGAACUGUGCCAGCCCCUCCUCCGCAGGACAGUUGAUCCUUCCUGAGUGCAUGAAGCUACUCCCAGUUUACCUGAACUGUGUGUUGAAGAGUGACGUCCUGCAGCCUGGAGCUGAAGUCACCACUGAUGACCGCGCUUAUGUCCGACAGCUGGUUACCUCCAUGGAUGUGGCUGAGACCAAUGUCUUCUUUUAUCCUCGGCUCCUACCAUUGACAAAGUCUCCCAUUGAGAAUACCACUGAACCACCAGCAGUUCGAGCAUCUGAAGAGCGUCUGAGCAAUGGAGAUAUAUAUUUGCUGGAGAAUGGGCUCAACCUCUUCCUCUGGGUGGGAGCAAGUGUCCAGCAGGGUGUUGUCCAGAGCCUCUUCGGCGUCUCCUCCUUCAGUCAGAUCACCAGUGGCCUGAGUGUUCUGCCAGUUCUGGAUAAUCUGCUGUCCAAGAAAGUGCGAGGCCUCAUUGAUGGUUUGAGGGCACAGAGAUCGCGGUACAUGAAGCUUAUCGUGGUGAAACAGGAGGACAAGCUGGAGAUGCUGUUCAAACACUUUCUGGUGGAAGACAAGAGCCUGAGUGGGGGAGCAUCCUAUGUGGACUUUCUCUGUCAUAUGCACAAGGAGAUUCGGCAGCUACUGAGUUAGAGCAAGUGGGUAAACAGCAUAGGGUCCAGGCCAGCUUCCAGAAAGUACCCCAGGACAGCAGAGAAAUAGGGCAGUUGCAUAUCUUGUAAGUCAUGUAAGCUGACCUCAGUCUCUUUGGGGGGGGAGGGGGAGGUAUAAGGAGACACCUUCUUUCUGGGCUCAAGUAUCCUACCACUCUGUCAUGUCCUGCUGUUGGAAGGUGCCCCUAUCCCCUCACUUUAUCCUCCUUUUCCUGCUAAUCCUGUCGUAAUGAAUGUAGUUUCUCAGUUCACUGUAUAUGAUUUGGUGUUGGGAGAUUUGGAGGCACCCAGACUCUGGCAAUAUUAUGUGUCCCUUUGGACCAGCCUCCAAGGGCAGGCAGGAAGGAGGGGGGAUCCCAGGGUUACCACAGGGGGAGGGGCUGCUAAUUCAGCUCAGUGUCAUCAACAACUUCCUAUAUUAGGGAUAAACAUACAUAUAGGUGCACAAGAGCUGGAAUGUAGACCAUAGGUAGUAGAGAGAAAAGUGGUCAGUCUUCUUGGGCCUGGAAGUCAACAGUCAAGCCAGAAUUACUGAGGGUGGUUGAUUAGAUCUCUCUCUCUGCUUCCACUGCUCUUUCUCUCUCCUUCAAUGAUUGAUCACUUGGUGGAUUAUCACAGGCACAUUAAGAGAUGAAUGAGCCUGGGAACUGAGUUGCAAAGUAUACUAAGACCUGGAAGAGGUACCAGCCUCCUUUGCAGCCGGAGAGGCCCCAACACUGGAUGGUUCUGUAGGGAGCCUGGUCAUCAACUUGCAAUACCUCACAGAGCCAGCCCACAUCCCACUCUGGGCUCCUGCUGGAAACACUGCUCUCCAAGCUGGGGGUUGUUGGGGAGAGAGGCAAAGGUGGCUGGUCUCUUCUGCCAGGACAUCACUCAGGCUUUGGUUUUGACAGAGUGGCUGACAGUUAUCUUCCAACACGACCUGGCUGGGGCAGGACAAGGGCUAGGCUUGGACGCCAUGCUUGCCUGCUCCCAGCCUGGGAUGCCCCUGCUCUGGACCUCUCAUUUCUCUUCAUUGGUUUAUUUUUCAAUGCAUCUUUAAUUUGUAAAGAAAUAAAAUAAAUUAAGAUGUAACCAGUA